GUCAAAACACGUGAUGACGUCUUGCACAACCACUGAGCGAAUGCUUAGGUUGCCUAUUUUAGAGGCAGUAACUGCUUGUUUAUAAUUUGUAUCUGAUAUAAUACUACAUCGCAAUAAGGAAAUGUAUUUUGAAUUAUAUUGAUGGGCGGCUUAGAAUACGGCAUGACUGCGGUUAAGUAGACAUUUGAAUCGUGUUUGAUUGAUCGUUUUUUUUUUUUUUAUUGUUUUGUUGUGUCUCCCAGUCGAGGCUGUUUUGUGAUUAAUUAACUAUCACUAGUUAGCUCCUGUCCAGAUUAGAGGAUGAACUGGAUUUUUCCACUGUCCAAGGGUUCUGGACCUCUUCCACCUCUUACAAGUUUACAGCAACAAAGACAGAGGCAGAUUGAAUCCCUGAAGACAGCCCACUCCAACCUAGCUGAAAUCCAAAAGGAUGUGGAAUACAGAAUACCUUUUACCGUUAACAACACAACAAUCAGUAUUAAUAUCCUUCUUCCUCCGCAGUUUCCACAGGAGAAGCCAGCAGUCAGCGUGUACCCACGUGUAAGACAUCGCUUAGUGGACAGCCACAAUGGCACAGUGGUCACCAGUCCACUCAUAACCAAUUUCACCAUGCAUUCAGAUCUGGGUAAAAUCAUACAGAGCAUCAUGGAUGACUUCUGGAAGAAUCCCCCUGUUUUGGCAUCUGGAUCUUCAGGGUUUCCCUUUAUGUACAAUAAGCCAUCAGGAAUUCCUCCAUACCCUCCUCAGGGUUUUCACUUCAUCCCUGCUUUCCCCCAACAAGAAGCUCCCCGGUCUGUGGCCCCAGCAUCUAUGCAGGUCCCAGGAACAGACUCUAUGCCUGCAUCUCCUCUUGGCUUCAGCGUCACCAGGCCUGCUGCUCCUACCUACGGCUUCAUUACAGACUUGCCUUUGCCAGUUCCCACUGCAGACUCGCAGGCAGGUCUUAAUGGACAUACUUACAAGAUGCCUGAAAUUCCUGAAACUUUCCCAGAACUGUCAGAACUAAGUAUAUCGCAGCUAAAAGAUAUGAGUGACCAAGAAGAUGUGCUGCUUGAGCAUUUUGUAUGUCUUCCACAACUGAAACAGGUCACCUCUGACAAGGAUGAAAUGGUCAAGAACAUCGUAGAGAUGGCAAAAAAUAAUUUGCAACUUGAGCCACAGUUAGAAGGAAAAAGGCAAGACGUAUUAUACAAAUAUGAGCAGAUAACCCAGAUGAAAUCUGCCUUUGAGACAAAGAUGCAAAGACAACAUGAACUAAGUGAGAGUUGCAGUUUGAGUGCCCUGCAGGCCAGGCUCAAAGUAGCAGCUCACCAAGCGGAGGAGGAGUCAGAGGACAUUGCAGAGGACUUCCUGGAGGGCAAAGUAGAAAUAGAUGACUUUCUCACCAACUUCAUGGAAAAAAGAACACUUUGCCACUGCAGAAGAGCCAAAGAAGAAAAACUUCAGCAGACAAUAAAUACCCAUGGCCAGUUUAAUGCACCAUUAUAACUUAUCAGUUCAUCCAGGUUUUGAUGUUGGCCUGCCUCAGCAGGAUGAAAAGCACAUCUUGUCUUCAAUGACAACCAGAAAUGAAGAUGCACCGUCUAUUCUGUUAUUUUUGAUCAGAUCUAGAAAAACCUUUCUAUUCUACUGAUUCCAGCACUGAACAUUUUGGUGAUACACUCUAAAUGGCUUGAAUUGGACCUAUUUAAAUGCUGCCCACAUAGAUAAAUACUGUAUUUAAAAGAUGUUAAUAAUAGUCUUAUAAUCAAAUAUAUAAUGUGUUGUUAUCUAAUUUGUUAGGUAAUAAAUAUUUAGAACUAUUA